AUGGCAAAAAUUGAAACCGGCGUUUAUAUAAUUUUAGGAGAGGUGAACUUGUUACUGACAACUAUUAAGAAGAAUUUUAAAUGGUCGUCAUCGUACAAUCAUCAAAUCGACAAUGAAAAUGAAUUGAUAACGAAUUUGGUCAAGCUAAAAAAUGUGCUAAAUGAAAUUAUUGAUAUAAAAAGCAUUGAACCAUUGGAAUUUCUGAUACCAUUUUUGGACAUCAUAAGAUCAGAAGAAACUACAGGACCAAUAACAGGCUUGGCUCUAACAGCCAUCAACAAAUUUCUCUCUUACCGACUCAUUGAAUGUGAUCCAGAAUUGAGCUCACUGGCAGUGGAGCAAAUUGCAGAUGCAGUGACUCAUGCCAGAUUUGUUGGGACAGAUCCAAGUGCCGAUGAAGUUGUACUCCUCAAAAUUCUCUAUGUUUUAAAGUCUUUGGUUUUGUGUCCAAGUGGAGUUUUGUUGACCAACGAAUCAAUCUGUGAAAUAAUGCAAUCAUGCUUUAGAAUCUGCUUUGAGAUGAGACUCAGUGAGUUGUUGAGGAAAUCAGCUGAGCACACACUGGUGGACAUGGUGCAACUGCUCUUCACCAGACUGCCCGAGUUCAAGGACGAUGCCAAGUGGGUCAGCAGCAUGAAGAAGCUGAAGAUGAGGACUGGUGGAAUGGAUGCAGGAAAGUCAUCUGCCAAGCAGAGGAAGAAGUCUCCUAAAGUUAAAACUAAAGCAGCAGCAGCAGCAAGCACGACAGCAUUAUCAGCAGGUAGCAAGCAGGAUAAUAAACAUCAUACAAUUUCAUCGUCAACAGUUCCAACAAAUGAAACAAUCAACUUACAAGAUUCAUCUAGUUUCAGUUCUCAUAAAGCUGAAAGUAAGAAUUAUGGUGAAAAAAUGGAUGAGCCGCCAAAAAGUUUGUCCUUGAAGAGUGAUUAUGAGGAUGAGGGCAGUGUAAGCCUGCAUCAAAGCCUGCAUCCAUCUAGCCACCAUCAAUUAGAGCCGCCCGUGCAGCAACAACCCCUGCCUCAGUGUUCUCUUGAUGCACAAGAAAGUCCCAAUGAAAUACCGAUCGAUCAUAUUUUGUUCCCGGCUGAUGAACAUUCGAAACAGACAUCAAACGAUCAGCAAAACAUUUGUAGUAACAACAGUAGCAAAGAUUUUGUGAAUCCUCGAGGAAUAAGAUUUACAUCGCACAUCAGCCAGCCGGCUGACAACAAUGUUGAAACAUCUCAUGAAAGCUAUACGGGUACUGCAUCUCCAUCUCCCUACAGCAUUCCAUGUGUUAGAGAACUUCUUCGUUUCCUAAUUUCCCUCACCAAUCCACACGACGCACACAACACCGAAAACAUGAUCCACAUGGGACUGUCACUCAUCACUGUGGCUCUUGAGUCAGGGUCCGAUCAUGUUGGACAUUACAAGUCGCUACUGAAUUUGAUCAAGGAUGACAUGUGCAGAAAUCUGUUUUACUUGCUAAAACACGAGAGGUUGUCGCUCUAUGCAGCUGCCAUCAGGGUUUGUUUCCUCUUGUUCGAAUCCAUGAGAGGAUAUUUGAAAAUGCAACUUGAGAUGUACUUCCAAAAGUUAAUGGAGCUGAUCGUCUCUGAAUCUCAACGAGUAAGCCAAGAACACAGGGAGCUUGCUCUGGAAUCCAUUAUUCAGAUGUUGAGGAUGCCUGGCCUCGUGACUGAGAUGUAUCUCAACUAUGAUUGCGACCUUUAUUGCUCUAAUCUGUUUGAAGAUCUCACAAAGCUGCUCUCUAAGAACGCAUUUCCUCUAUCUGGUCUGUCUAACACGCACCUGCUUUCUUUGGAUGCUUUGCUGGCCAUCAUUGACAGUAUUGAGGAGAACUGCCAUUAUCGCAUGAAUAAUAAUUUGAAGAAGGAUUCUGCCGAUGGCCCUCAUGACAAUAAUGGUGAGAAUGUUACUAUUAAGAAGUGCAAUAGUCAUGUUAACAUAUCAACGGCAACCUCACCGGGUUUCGGUUCUCUUGACAACCUACCUCAUAUAUUGCCUUCAAAUACUCAAUCCCUGGUGUCCAAAUCUCUAUCAACCAGUGAGUCAGCUUUUCAGACAGCACUUAAAUCUCCCAAGAUAAGACCGAACAGGAUACCUCCUUCCCUUAAGAUUCCCAGCUCAGACGAGCUCAAUACUGUCAAGUACAAGAAGAAGAUAUAUCAAGCUGGAACAGAGCAGUUUAACGUGAAGCCACAAGAAGGCAUCAUGUUCCUUCAGAAGCACGGUCUUCUGUCUCAACAACUAGACCCUGGUGAGAUCGUCUCGUUUAUUAAACAAAAUCCAAAACUUGAUAAGAAACAGAUUGGGGAGUUCAUUAGCAACCGGAAAAAUAACAACAUUCUAGAGGCGUACCAAAAAUCUUUCAACUUUGAGAGCACCCGCAUUGACGAAGCACUGCGCAUGUAUCUGGAAACAUUUCGACUGCCGGGUGAAGCUCCAGUCAUCUCUUACUUGCUGGAGCAUUUUGCUGAACACUGGCAUAAAAUGAACAAUGAGCCAUUUGAAAAUGCUGAUGCAGCAUUCACUCUUGCAUAUGCUGUCAUUAUGUUGAAUGUUGACCAGCACAACUUGAAUGCUAAGAAACAAAAUACUCCAAUGACAUGCGAGAAUUUCAAAAAAAAUUUGUCAAAAGUUAAUGGAGGCCGUGAUUUUGAUGAGGAGAUGUUGGAAGAAAUGUUUCAAUCGAUCAAAAACGAAGAAAUUGUAAUGCCUGCUGAACACACAGGUCUUGUCAGGGACAACUAUUUGUGGAAAGCGUUAUUGCGUCGAAGUCAGUCAAAAGACCUCGGCUACCUGCAUGCUGCUACUGGAUGCUUCGAUAGAGACUUAUUUUCCAUCGCAUGGGGGCCCACUGUGGCCGCUCUCUCUUUCGUUUUUGAUAAGAGCCCCGAAGAUGCCAUCAUCCAAAAAGCCAUAACAGGAUUCAAGAAGUGUGCAUACAUAUCUGCAUAUUAUGAAAUGAGUGACGUGUUCGAUAACUUGGUCAUCUCCCUCUGCAAGUUUACCACAUUGCUUUGUUUUUCUGAGUCAGCUGAUUCACUCGCCAUCUCAUUCGGCAACAACUUGAAAGCACAACUGGCUGCACGAACGGUAUUUGCACUGACUCACAGACACAGCGACAUCUUGCAUGAUGGAUGGAGGAACAUUCUGGAAUGUAUCACGCAACUGUUCAAGGCCAAGUUACUCACUGAAGUUCUUGUUAAAGUUGAAGAUUUCCUCGAUCCCAGUGGCCGCAUAUCAAUCAUUAGAGAGGAACAAACUGAUUCGAGCAUGUUCAGCAAUCUGUACACCUUCUUCUCGCUUAGCAGUGAUGCACCACAGUCAAAAACGCCCGCUUUGGAAGAUCAAGAUUCCAUAAAGAGGGCACAGGAUUGCAUAUUAGAGUGCCAUGUGGAGCAGCUCAUCAUUGAUAGCAAAUUUCUUAGAGAGGAGUCACUGCAAGAAUUAUUAAAGGACGCAGUGCAUGGUCAGCAUGGAGACGAAGAGACGCAGGUGCUCAGACUGGAAUUGCUCUUCAAAGUAGUUCUUCAAAAUAGGGAUCGAAUUGCUCCAUACUGGUCGAGUAUUGAAGAUCACCUGUACAGCAUCCUAGUGAACAGGACAGAGGCGACAUUUCUUGUGGAGAGGGCAGUCGUUGGUAUUCUGAGAUUAGCUGUUAGGUUGCUCAGAAGAGAAGAACUUGCUCAUCAGGUUUUAAACUCUUUAAGAAUAAUCUUAUUGAUGAAACCAGAAGUGAUACACACGUAUAUAUCGAGACAUGUGGCAUAUGGAAUGCAUGAUCUUUUGAAAGCCAAUGCCUCCAGCAUUCAUACCACUGAAAAUUGGCAGGCUACAUGUAUGGAUACGUCGUCGUCAAUGAACGAUCACUGCAAGCCUCCUGAUGAAGACGGUAGUGCACAGUCGGAUAGUGAAUUGAAUUCUGUGAAACGUGUAUCCCAAGACAGAGGUUAUACGUCAGACAGCGAGUUGUAUGAUGACAAAAAGUCUACAUCAACUGAAAAUAAUGUCCCAGAAGAUCUGGGCACACCAUCGAAGAUGUCUUCAGCUAAGAGUGCAUCAAGUCUUCAUUCUAAUUGGCCAAAUGUGAGUUCAAAUGACUACUCCAUUAUUUUGAAUGAAAAUCUCGGUCGUCACGAUUUGAAAUCUUUUUCCAAAUGCUGCGAAACAUUGAGUUUCCUGGUCAGAGAUGCAGCCCAUAUUUCACCAUACAACUUUGAAUCGUGCAUCAGGACUAUUCGAGUUUUUGUGGAGGCCAGUGUGGACGGGGGAGUCCAUUAUAGGUGUUCGUAUCAGGAUUUGCAGCACCAGUCCUCAAAAAAACUUACUUCCCAGCAUGGGACGCACUUCUUUAAAAGCUCGAAAAUGAAGAAUAGGAAAGAUGCAUCAUCAAUGCGCAAGUCUCGGUCGUCACCAAGUCAUCUCCUGGGACCAAAUCGUCCAAACAACAACAACGUGAUGCCCUCGGAUGACGAGGAUGGUGAUUCAGAUGCUUAUCAGACCAUUUCAAUACAGCUCCUGGAUCUCAUGCAUACACUGCACACGAGGGCUGCCGCAAUUUUUAACAGUUGGGCUGAAGAAAAACAGUGGAGUGAGGAGGCUAUAAGGAGGAAGAUGGCAGAUUUGAGCUCUACAACCACUUUAUGGUCGGCAUGUUGGUGUCCUCUUUUACAAGGCAUUGCUCGUUUGUGCUGCGACAACCGCAAACAAGUGAGGAACCAUGCACUGACCUACCUUCAACGGGCGCUUCUUGUACACGACCUUCAAGUUCUGAAGGCUGAUGAAUGGCAGGAUUGCUUCAGCAAAGUUUUGUUUCCACUUUUAAGUUUGUUAUUGGAGACGUUGGAUGGAGCCGACAGAGGUGGUGCCGAGGAGACAAGAAUGAGAGCCUCCGCUCUGCUUUGCAAGGUCUUCCUACAGCAUCUCACUCCUCUUCUCAAUCUUUCAACAUUCACUGCCUUGUGGCUCACCAUACUUGAUUUCAUGGACAAAUACAUGCACGCUGAUCAAAGCGAUUUACUGUUGGAAGCCAUUCCAGAGUCUCUGAAGAACAUGUUGUUAGUCAUGCAUACAGCCGGCAUACUACAAGAGAAAGCGGAUAUGGAUGAGGAACAACUUCAAAAAGUCGAUGUUGUAGAUAAAGAAGAUGCAAGCACAGAUCAUCAUACUCGAAUGGAAAACCAACUGUGGAAACUGACUUGGGAUCGCAUUAAUGUUUUUCUUCCAACCCUUAAGGAGGAAGUUUUCAAGAAACAUGACGCAGGUUUCUGUUGCCCAUUUCUAAUUUUUAAAAUUAAAAUUUUAAUGUAA